UCUGGACCUCGACCACGACCUUAUUAGGCGCUCCUUUCCGGUCCAUUCGCGGGAAUCCGGGGUCCCUUGUAUAGUCUCGGUUCUCGGGCAGCGUUUCGGUGUCAGGAAGCAGAAACCUCUGUGGAGAAAACUUCCUUUCCCCACUGCACGAAGUCCGGAACUCAAGGACCUAGCCUUGGCCGGCCUGGCGGAGGGAAGCGUUAGAGGGACGGACAAGCCGGAAGAAGUGUGGCGGGAGGCUUACCGCAGAGCGCCGGAAGUACGGCGCUCGGAAGGGUCCGACUUAGGCCGUCUCGUGUCGCCCUCGUCUCAAUCGAGCUUUUAGGAGUGGGGCAGGAACCGAGAUCUGAGUCUAAGCCGACUCCACCGUCGUGACAGCCGGCAAGUCCCUUUUUUGAGCUUUCGGCUUCGCUCGGCUGCGAAGUGAGUCGUGAGCCAGCCGCUCCCGGCGUCCAGCCUGGAAAACGGGGUCGUUCAGGCAGCGCCCGCGGGAGAAGGGGGUCAGAAAUCCCUUCCCAUCUUCAAAACAGUCCUGGAUUCUCACCCUGCCAUCCAAGAAAGUCAGGAGGAAAAGUCGACGGCCUCUGUGUCCCUCGCCACCCUGGGAUAGGACCCGGCAUGUCUCAGGCCACCAAAAGGAAGCAUGUGGUGAAGGAGGUGCUGGGGGAGCACAUGGUGCCCUCUGACCAGCAGCAGAUCGUGAGGGUACUCAGGACCCCAGGGAACAAUCUGCAUGAAGUGGAGACAGCCCAGGGGCAGCGCUUCCUGGUGAGCAUGCCCUCCAAGUACCGCAAGAACAUCUGGAUCAAGAGAGGGGACUUUCUCAUUGUUGACCCUAUUGAAGAGGGAGAAAAGGUGAAGGCUGAGAUCUCCUUUGUGCUCUGCAAAGACCAUGUGCGCUCUCUGCAGAAGGAAGGGCUCUGGCCCGAGGCCUUCUCCGAAGUGGCUGAGAAACACAGCAGCAGCAGGAACAGACAGACCCAGCCAGAACUCCCAGCUGAGCCACAGUCAUCAGGAGAAGAGUCCAGCUCUGAAGACGAUUCUGACCUCUUCGUGAACACCAACCGCAGGCAGUACCACGAGAGCGAGGAGGAGAGCGAGGAGGAGGAGGAGGCAGCCUGAGGCCCCAGGACCCACCCUCCUUGUGCUCAGAGACUGGUCCUCGGCCCCUCUGAGCUCGGACAUUCCAGGGCGCUCUGCAGCUCCCCCCCCGCCCCCGGGUGGGGACAAGGCAGGACCCCUCUCUGAACUGGCCUUCCGACCUAGGAGAAUUAAACCCCUGGUGGGUGACGACGCGUGCUGGUGUCCGAGUGGCUCUCUGGGGUGGAGGGGCCUG